CCGCGCUGCGGCCGGGGCUCGGCCCCGCUCCGUCCGCCGGCGCAGGCAGCCGGUGCCAGGGCCGCGCCGCGGCCGCCGUCCGAGCCCCCGCGCCGGGCCGGGCCGGGCCGGGUUGAGCCGGUUCGGGCCGGGCCCGCCGCCGCCGCCGCCGCCGCCGCCGCCGCCAUGGCGCGUCUCCCCGCGCUGCUCAGCCCCGUCCUGGUGCUCUUCAGCUGCGACCUCGUGCGGGCCAACAGGCCACCGUCCCCCGUCAACGUGACCGUGACGCAGCUGAAGGCGAAUUCUGCCACCGUCUCAUGGGAUGUCCCCGAAGGAGAUGUGGUCAUCGGCUACGCCAUCUUGCAGCAGCGGCAGGACGGACAGAUGCAGCGCUUCAUCCGGGAGGUGAACACCACCAACAGGGCCUGCGUGCUGUGGGACUUGGCCGAAGACGCUGACUACAUCAUCCAGGUGCAGAGCAUCGGCCUGUAUGGGGAGAGCCAGGCCAGCAAGCGCGUCCACUUCCGCACUCUGAAGGAGACCGAUCGCCUCCCCUCCAACAGCUCCAACCAAGGCGACAUCACCAUGGAAGGGCUGGACAAGGACAGGCAGCUGCAGACGGGCGAGAUUAUCAUCAUUGUGGCUGUGCUGCUCAUGUGGGCAGCGGUGAUCGCCCUCUUCUGCAGGCAGUACGACAUCAUCAAGGACAAUGACUCCAACAACAACAAGGAGAAGACGAAGCCAUCCUCAGAGCACAGCACUCCGGAGCGGCCUUCUGGAGGGCUGUUGCGGAGCAAGAAGAAGUCCCCCUCUGUCAAUAUUAUCGAGGUGUAAGUGCAGCACCAGCUUGGCAUCUGGGGUCCUGGGCAUCCUGCCAGAGCCGAAAACAGGCCUGGGAAGAAGAGGCCGCACUGGGCGCCCAGCCUGGCAUUCUGCAUGCGAAGAUCUGCAUAUCAGAACUUGCGCUUUCCCGAGGGCGCCUGGCCGGGGACGUGCAUGGAGCUGGCUCGGAGCCGCGCAUGCGGUGCGUGGCCCCGGCCAUCCCGCGUGCCUGGCCCCGCUCCCCCGCCGCUGAGGAGCGCAGAGCCGAGCGAGGAGGGGAGCCGCGAGCCCAGCCUGGGGAGCGGAGAGGCCGGUGCUCCUUCCAGCCCGCAGCCCCCAGGGCAGGCAGCGGUCCUGCCCGCCAGCUCGGCCAGAGGCCGGGGUGCAGGCGGGUGACAGCAGGCAGGCAGCCUGGAGCAGCCCCUCCCGGCCGCUGCGUCCGGCUCAGAAGGCCGAGAGCUGGUUCCCCUCCCAGCCCCGGGACGGAGGGGAUGGGGCAGCGCCGGCGCUCGCCCCAGCGCCGCCGGGGAGGUGGCAGGGGGUUCGUCUGUGGGGCUGGGCCCGGCAGGCAGAGCAGGUCCCUGCUGCGGCUCCUCUGCACCCAGUCGCAGCGGUGCGGGGGCUCCCGGGUCCUCUCCCCGCCACGGGGAGAAGGACGCGGAGCGCAACGAGGCAGCGGUGCUGCGGAGCCUGGCCGGGCUGCAGAGCAGGCAGCCGGGGCAGGGAGUGCCAGCAGCUGGGGGGCAGCCCCAUGGGGCGGCGUGAGCCCCACAGAGCCGUGGGGCAGGCGGGGGGGGGGGGGGGCAUGCCGUGGUAUUGCCAUUCCCUGGUAGCAAAAUAGUCCUGGCAAGCUCAAGCCGUUGGUGGGGAGCUGCUGAGCACCCUGCGAGCCGCGGGAUGCCCGGAGAUGGUGCAGUGGCCCCAGCGGGGACGACUCCAGCGCUGACGGCGCCAAGUCCCGCUCCUCGUCCCCUCUGUCCUGCCGGCGCACGGUCACUGCCGAUGCUCUGUCCUGGAGCUGGCCCCGUGUCCUGCCCCGGGCCGGCCGUCGCAACGCAGACCCGUGGGGAAGGGCCGGCCGUACGUGCCCCGGGCCGGCAGACCUCGGGCUCUCUGCAGCCUGGCCCGUCUGCCUGGCCGUGCAGGGACAGCAGGAGCCACUGGCCACGCUGGGGCUGCGGAGGAGGUGGCGUCCGGACCGUGUCUGUGCGCUCCCCAGCACCGGCAGGCAGAAUGUCACCGGGUACCUGCACUGCUGGGGGUGGGAGGCCGAGGCCUGGCCCUGCCAUGCCCUCCUGCCGGGGGGGGCACGAGGAGCCCCUCGCUGCAGGGACGGCAGCUGGCGGCCUCGCUGCUGCUCUGCCUUCCGUGCUCUCCGCUCCACGGUGCGCAGCUGAGCUGGGGUGCUGGCUCUGCAGCCCUCGAUUCAAGCGUCAAGGAUCCAGCGUCUUCCAGGAAUAAAUCUCCCAGCAAAGCACUUUCAGGACUCUUCCUUCUGGGUGCUGCUCAACGCCUGCUGCAGAACUAGGUGGGGAAGGGGCGGCGUAAGCGUCUCCCUGUGGCAGGUCUUUUCAAUAAAAGCAUCCUGGCUCAAAGGCA